AUGGCCAACACAACUGGCUUUGCUGCGGUAAUAGCUUAUUAUUUUAAUGUGCUGUAAUCCCCAUUACAAAGAAGCGGUGGGGCACAGGCUUGCAUUACUUUUAAUGAGGAGGAAGAGUUGGGAUACAUGUUUUUCCUAUUAAAAAAAAUAAUCCAGGCCAAAAUCUUACGACGAAGUUUCCGCAGUAGGUGGGAGGGAAGCAGGAAAUUGAGUUAUGUUCUGCAGAAAUAAAUAUUUCUCUGGGUAGCUUUGCAAUGGGCCUGGCAGUUGAUUAGGUUGUGUGUGAGUCACUCUUAAUUCAUCCUGUAAUUAGGACAGCUGUGCGUGUGUGUGUCGUAGAGUUAGAAUAGUGUAAUGAUUUAGCUAUGGCUUCUCAUGGUAUUUUAAUUUUGUUUGUUUUUUUGUCCUAUUGUAUGAUGUAUUAUUUAAUAUAUGUCUCAUUUUUGUAAGCCCGUCUGGGUACUUACUUAACGAUCAAGUGGUUCUUGUUGUUUUCAUUGCUGUCGCUGUUGUAUAGCCAAGAAACUGAAGUACAAAUCAGGAGAAGCCGAAUUCGAAUCUUGCCCCUACAUCAAUUCACUCAGUGAACAUAAAAGCUUAGUAGGGCUGUUCGUAUGCUCUUGGGGGCACCUGGGUUGAAUUUUUAUUCAUUUACUUGCUUGACAAUUGCACCUAUAUUCCUCCUUUCUUCCAAGGAGCUCGUGCUGGCAUUCAUGACUCUUCCUGUCCCCAUCUUAUCCUCACAACAACCCUGUGAGGUAGUUUAGCUUCUGUCUUUUCCCAUACCUUCUGCUUGCCAGGAUCAGCAUCCAGGACUUUUCUCCAUAGGUCCUGGGUAACAGGAGGGUGAGAGAAUGAAACUUUAAGGUGGUGGUACCCGCUUAAAAUGGGACGCGGGUGGCUCUUUGGGUUAAACCACAGAGCCUAGGACUUGCUGAUCAGGUCAGCGGUUCAAAUCCCCGCCAUGGGGUGAGCUCCCGUUGCUCGGUCCCUGCUCCUGCCAACCUAGCAAUUUGAAAGCACGUCAAAGUGCAAGUAGAUAAAUAGGUACCACUCCAGCGGGAAGGUAAACGGCGUUUCCGUGCGCUGCUCUGGUUCACCAGAAGCGGCUUAGUCAUGCUGGCCACAUGACCCGGAAGCUGUAUGCCAGCUCCCUCGGCCAGUAAAGCGAGAUGAGCGCCGCAACCCCAGAGUCGGCCAUGACUGGACCUAAUGGUUAGGGGUCCCUUUACCUUUACCUUUACCCGCUUAAACUCCAACUCCCAUAAGCUCCAGCCAGCAAUUGCCAAUGGUCAGGGAUGAGCGGAGUUGCAGUCCUGCAGCGUCUUAAGAGAGCUACAGGUUUCUCAGGCCUUCUAAAGUAGCAUUUAUUUAUUUUUUAAACAGAGCUGAAGCAAGCGUCAUUGUGUUGCUGUGCUGUUUUCACUCUGUUGCUCCGCUGCAAUAUUUCUGUUUGCUUCCUGUCUUUGUAUUUUAUUGGAUUUUUAUUCUAAGUGACGGGACGCAGAAGACAAACACUGAGUGAUGGUGGGGAUUGUACAGCACUCUGCACACCCUGAACCAUGAAAAUGGCUUGCUUCUUUGGCCUGAUCCCUGCCAGGCUGUAGAAUUCGCCUUCGUUUCAUGGAAAACAGGCCUGCCACAUUUUUCCAGCUGCAAGCAAGCAAGCAAGUUCCAGCAUGCAGCUGUUGCGAACAGCAUGUUUGACCUGCCUCAGCCAAAGGCAAAAACCGGACUGCCUCUUAGGUUGCUGACAGCUCAAUCAUUCUCGCUUUUGCCAACAUGCUGACUGAGGCGGAUGAGACCUGGGGGCCGCCAGGCUGCCUUAUUCAGAUGCAGGCUUUUUGGGCUUCCCACACUCCCACUUAUACAGAGGUGCAUGGGGAACGCGUCUUUCUCAGGCUCUGGUUGGCCCUUGUCCCGAUCAUCUGAUUGGCUGGAAGUCCUGUAGAGUCCACUCUUGCUUCGUUACCAGUUUGGGAAAGCCAGUCUGGUUCAGCAGGCUGGUUUUUGGUAGAGCACCUGCUUUGCAUGCAGAAGGUCUCAGGUCCAGUCCUGGCAACUCCUGGUACAGAUGGGAAUGUUCCUUGAAGAGCUGCUGCCAGACAGUGUAGACCAAACUUGGUUCUCCAGCUGCUUUGGACUACAACUCCCAUCAUCCCUAGUUGCAGGACCAGUGUUCAGGGAUGAUGGGAAUUGUAGUCCAAAAAACAGCUGGAGGUCCAUGUUUGGGAAACCCUGAUCUAAGAACUCACUGACAGGGUAGCCAACUGAUCAGCAAAAAUGUAACCUGACCUGCUCCUGUGUUUUUAACAGAAAAAUUUAACAGUGCAGAAGUCAGCAGGCAAAAAUUUUCCCUGCUGAUCAAACUUGAAAACUUUGGUCCCCAUCCUGCACUCAGCUCUCACCUGUGGCUCCUAGAAGCUGUCAGCAUGUGACAGUGGCCACACACCCCAGGAAACUGCUUUGAUUGGCUGGCUAAACCAGGUGAGGGCAGCAGGUGGGUCUCAAGUCCUCGGUGAGUUAGGGAGUUGUGAGGGAUUUCACUUGCAUGCGAAGACAGGCAGAAGAGACCAAGACUAGCUUUCUUAUUUUUUGUUGUUGAGCAUUUUUGGGGAAACCAAAGUUUUUGGAGCUUUUAAGCUUUUGGGUUUUCCCUGACAUUUUGCCAAUUCGGCAAAAUUCCCCUGACACCAUUUUUACACCCAGAAAUUGGGACAUGUCAGGAAUUUUCCUGAACUAUGGCAAGCCUAGGAAAUCCUGAUGUCAGUGUUCGAAAUUAGCCAGGUGUGCUUUGUACCUGACUAUUGGCCACUGGCGACCAAAUGAAGAUGCCUGGGUCACAGGAUGGUGCCUGGCACCUCCACCAUCUGGAGGUGCGCGCCUGGGGAUUGUUGAAUCUCGACUGUUUUCACACACUAAUACCCUCUCCUGUAGAAUUCUAUCUGUUCUAUUCUAUCUGUCCAACCUGAAUGAAUUUCAGGAACCAAAAUGUUUUUUUCUGUGCAGGAGCAGGAGCAGUGAAAAGCUUUACAGUUAAUUGUUGCAGCUUGUCUUUACUUACCCCACCCUAGCGCCCUGCUCACAGUUGUGAAUAAUAUUCUUAUGUUAUGAAUGGUGCGUGUCAUCAUUAAGAAAAGAGCCAGGCCAAUAUACCGUAUUUUUCGCUCUAUAAGAUGCACCCGACCAUAAGACACACCUAGUUUUUACAGGAGGAAAACAAGAAACAAGAAAGCAACGCAAAGCCUCUUGAGCGAAGAGGCAGGAGCGCUCCAUAGGCUUUGCAUGGCUAUCCCUGAAGCCAGAAGAGCAAGAGGGAUCGGUGUGCACUGAUCUCUCUGCUCUUCUGGCUUCAUAAGACGCACACACAUUUCCCCUUACUUUUUAGGAGGGAAAAAGUGCGUCUUAUAGAGCGAAAAAUACGGUGAGUGUGGACUGUCCCUGGAUCAAGUGACUUUUCUUCUUUAAGUUUUCAAAGUUAGGGUUGCCAUAGGUCCUCCUUUUCCAGGACAGGUCCUCUUUUCCAGGGGUAAAAUUUCUGUCCAGGUGGAUUUUUUGAAUUUGCCAAAACGUCUGGGGGUCCGGGAGCGGGCUGCUUUUUAUGUUUCAUACGCAGUACUAGACAACCAAGUGCAAAACGUAUACAUACUGUGUGUGAGUUUUGCAUGAUGCAGGAAAGUGGUAAAAAUCCAGGGGUGUGUUCCCCCCCAAACCACUGAUGCCAAAGUUGGCAUUUUGAAUGGACAUCAGAAGCAUACUCAGCCCUGUAUGUAUAAUACAUUGGCUCACCCUAUCUCUCCCCCUCCCCCUUCCAUUCCUAAGCUCCCUACCCUCCUAGCGCUGGGCCAGCUGCUGUGGAGGAUGAGUAGAUAAUUCAUGUCAGCAGCUGGUAUCCUUUUUUAAAAAAAGAAAUCCUGGGGAACCAGAGACGACUGCCUGAGCAAUCCCACUCGAUGGCAACCUUGUCAGCCGGCAGCCCUGCAGGGACAGCUUCUGUGUUCGUGUAGCAGGGAGCGCUGUUGUCGGUAGACAGCUUGUUGCUUUCUCUGGGUACCUGCUGCACCGCUCUCUUGCCUCAAAGGGAACUCUGGGCACGGAUGCAAUUGGCCAGGCAGGUUUCCGAAAUCGCACCACAGGGUGCUUCCCUUCUGUCUCCCGCCUGGCAGCAAACUCUGUCUGUCCUCCUCCUCUCUUAAAGCACAAUCCAGGCUACCGCAAUGAUUUUUAUAAGGCUGGUAUUGCCUUUGUAAUAAAAGGCACAUGCCCACUGUAGUGCUCUUGCAUAAGAUGCUCUCUUAAGGACCAAGUCAGAUGACUUGUCCAUGCUAGCUCAGUAUCUUCUACACUAGUGAGGAAUCUGUGCCCCCCCACCAGACGUUCAUGAACUACAGUUCCCAUCACUCCCUACCAGUGUCGGUGAGAGAUCAUCCUCAUCAUCAAACCUUUUAUUGGCAUCAUAUACAAACAUCCAAAACAAAUCAAUACAGAAUUACCACUUCCCCAGUGGCACAAAACAUUUGCUAAAAGAAAGGAGGCAGAGCAGUCUAUCGUUGGUGAGAGUUGGAGACCAGCAAAAUUAGGAGGGCCACACCACUGGGGAUGUAAUAAGGCACAAUUCUCUGUUCUGCCUUACAUCUCUUUCAGAAAUAUUCUCUACCAUUCCCCCCCAUGUGACUUUGCCUUAAAAAUCACAUUAUUUUCUGCAUUGUUUUUGACGUUUCCCUUCCAGUCAGGUGCAUUCAAGCUAAUUAAUCACAUACUGUAAUUAAUUACACAAGUUUUCAGCCACAGCAGUGAGAUGAGUAAUGUGGGUUUUAGUGGAAACCGAACUGUAGUGGAAUAGAAGCAGCGCAGAUUGCAACGAGCACAGGAUGGGGGCGGGGGGGAGAAUCACUGUUUCCUUAAUAGAAGGCUCUGUCCUGCCUACAUGCCAACCACUUCUUUAUUAGAGGUGUAAUAGAGCCUUAAAGAUCUGAGUACAGGCCAGGGAUGGGGUAGAAAUUUGUUCCGUUUGCAUUUUAAUGUGUACCUACCCAAUUUCUCACUUGCCACACCAAUAUGCAAACUGAAACGCAGCCACCCUUUUCUGAAUUUUGUGAUGCACUCCUCCAACCCCAAGCCCCCCCAAAUGCAUAUAUAAAAAGCAUGUAUUAGAGAAGGGUGUGCUCACAAAUGCUUGUUGCAUUAAUGCAAAAUGCUGUAAGAAGAUGUCUUUUACAUGGAAGAAAUUACUUGCAAAUUGCUUGUGUUUCAUUAGGUGGAAGACAUGUGGCUUUUUAUGCAGACUCUUUAAUCGCGAAGCGAUGUGAAAAUGGGGAGAACUGAACCGAAGGUUGUGGGGAGGGGAUGAGAAACCAAAAUGGGCAGAAUUGUCUGUCCCCAGUACAGGCCCAGCUUCAGCAUCCUUGAGCAGCUGUUGGGGAUUGAUUUAGAAGAAGAGUUGCUAAAUGGGGCCAGCCCUACCCUUAGGUGAGAUGUGAGGGACAUUUGGCCCUUCAGAUAUUGCUGAACUACAAUUCCCAGCAUCCCUAGCUAUUGGCCAUGAUAGCUGGGGCUGAAGGGAGUUCAAUGGCAUCUGACGGUUCCCUACACCUGCAGUCACCAUUGUGGUGGUGGAUGCUGUCCCAUUGCCAGUGUUGAAGUAAGAUUCAAUUGCCAAUACAGUCAGCUUCCAUACAUGGAACGGGGACACCAUCUGGUCCAUCAUUCCCCUGUAGCUCAGUGGUGGAGCAUCUGCUUUGCCUGCAGAAGGUCCCAGGUUCAAUCCCCGGCAUCUCCAAUUAGGACUGGGGUGGGGAAUCUCCCCGUUCUGAAAACCUUAGAAAGCUGCUGCCGGUCUGUGUAGACAGUACAGAGCCAGAUGGACCAAUGUUCUGACUCGGUGUAAGUCAGCUCCAUCCCCCCCCCCCCAUCUCAGGCAUUAAAAUGCUUUGGGCCACUUCCUGCUUGGUAACGUGCAAACAGAAAAUAAACGAAACAAAACAAAACUGGUGACUGUCUUGGCCUUCAGUGAAACCUCAUGGUUCUUUGAUACAUGGUGUAAAAAAACACAGAAGGCUUUUUGGAAUGAAGGGAAGAAUGAGUCUUAAUGGGGUUGUUGGUGGCAACAGGAGAAAGCAAACAGGGAUGUAUGAGACAAGCAAAAGGGCAUUCUUUUAAGAUUUUCAUUCUCAUUACGCUCCUGGGCCCUCGGGUGGUUAAGAAUGUGUGAAGCUGACCGCUACUCCGCCCCCCCCCCAUUGCCUUGCAGAUAUUAAACCCUGCAUUUCUGAAUGUUCUAUAUAGAGUGGUAAGAACAGUCCUGUUAACAAACGAUUUGGGGAACGAACUCUGCAAAACCAGAAGUAGGUGCUCCGGCUAGCAAACUUUGCCCCGGAAGACGAACAGAAUCUGAAUGGUGGAAGGGCACUGGCGGCGGGAGGCCUCAUUAGUGAAAGCACGCCUCGGUUUCAGAACGCUUUCUGCUGAAGAAUGGACCUCCAGAAUGAAUUAAGUUCGUACAUGGAGGUACCACUAAUAAUAAUAAUAAUAAUUUUUAUUUAUACCCCGCCCUUCCCAGCCAAGGCUGGGCUCAGGGCAGCUAACAAGCAAUAAUAAAAACAAGUUGAAUGAAUACAACUUAAAAACAAGAUUAAAAUACAACAUUAAAAUAUUGAAACAUUAAAAUACUAAAAUGCAGCCUCAUCACAGGAGGAGAAAGGAAAAAGAAAAAAGAAAGAGGGGGAGGGAAUCAAAUUGGCUCCAAGCCAAAGGCCAGGCGGAACAACUCUGUCUUACAGGCUCUGCGGAAAGAAAUCAGGUGGUCUCAUGAGACAGAGCGUUCCACCAGGCCGGAGCCAGUGUUGAAAAGGCCCUGGCUCUGGUUGAAGCUAAUCUAACUUCCUAGGACUCCGGGACCACUAGGGUGUUGCUAUUUAUGGACCUUAAGGUCCUCCAUGGGGCAUACCGGGAGAGGCGGUCCCAUAGGCACGAGGGUCCUAGCCCGUGAACUGCACUAUGAUCAUCCUAACAUGCAGGAUUGUGGUGUGUGCGAGUUUAACAAUUCCUCACCAUUUCCCAAAGCUAGCUGUUUUUUCAGACAAAUUCAAACACAACAAGUCUUGCUGGAUGAGGCCCGUGGCUACCUCUAGUCCAGCAUCCUGUUCUCACAGCGUCCAAGUAGAAAGGGAAGCCCACAAGCAGUAUUUGAGCGCAGCAGCACUCUCCGCUCCUUCGACUCCUGCAACUGGUAUCCAGAGACAUACUGGGCAUACUGCCUCCGAGGCAGAAACUAGCUGUCGUGGCUGAAAGCCAUUGAUAGUUUUGUUCUCCAUGAAUCUUUACGUCCGGAUUUUCACUGUUUGAAAUAUGGCGACCCUAGCUUACUCCUUAGCCUUUUCAUCUCCUGAAGGUAUCCUGCAAGGCAGCGCAGGUUUUAGGAUCCUGCAAGGAUCUGUUGUGGAGGGUUUGGGAGCACCUCCAAAGAAAUAUGGAAGGUGGUUAGGAGACUUGCUAUUUUCCGUUCAAAUUCUUGCAGUGUUCUUUACCUCCUCUAAGACAGCUGUAACUCGUCUCUGACAGCGGCUCUUUCCCCCAGCUGAGGAGACUAUAUUCCAGCAAAAGUCAGGUUUCGACCAAUAAACACCAGUAUAGUGGGGUGUAAUGGUUGGAUAAGAACCUAGGAGACCAGCGUUCAAAUCCCCACUCAGCCAUGAACCUGACCUUGGGAUUUAGUCUAAAACUCCCUCACAUGGUUGUUGUGAGGAUAAGGUGGGGUCAUGGAGAUCCAUGGAAAAAGGUGAGCUAUAAUCCUGGAGGGAUGGCUCAGAGGAAUCUGGUGGAAUUCUCUUUCAUCACACUGGUCUCCUAGCAGCUGUCUGUUUACCUAGUUUGGAGACCAGGUGUUCUCUUAUCUUGAAAGUGCUCUUAAGAAGACCAGAUCCAGCAGCUGAGGCUGGAGAGGCAGCCAUCGCUCUUGGUUCUGCCAUUUGGUAUCUGGUGUGGGCUCGAUAAGAAGCUUAGCCCACUGUUCGUCCUGUGUGAUCAGAGAAGGUAGGUCUUUGGGUCAGCUGUACAAUCCGUUACAUGUUCCUUACAGUUGGGUGUAUUCCAAAAGCGUCCAGUCCAAUCACCACCACCCCUUGGAGGGAGAAGCUAGGGAUGAUGGGAGUUGUAGUCCAAAAACAGCUGGAGGACCAAGUUUGGCCACCACUGUGCUACACAGUAGGUAGUAUUUUAUGACGAAUGUUAUUCUGAAUGCUGGGAAUGGGCUGAUCUGUCAAUUUUGGUUUCUCUCUGAUACUCAGAUUUUUUCCACUCUUACAUUCAGUUCUCCACCUUUCCACAUAAUUUGUGAUUAGUUUUCAGAAGGCCUUUAAAAAAACCCAAACAUAUCAGCAUUUUUAGUGUGAAUUUCACCUAAUGCACACAUUUACCUGCAGUUUUGCCUAGUUUUAUUUUUUGCAAAGCAGUUCCCCAUGUUACAAUAUUUUUUUUAGCUCAUUGUUUUCACAAAUUACGUAUUUUUAUAUACACUUAGUACAGUGGUACCUCAGGUUACAUACGCUUCAGGUUACAUACGCUUCAGGUUACAGACUCUGCUGACCCAGAAAUCGUGCUUCAGGUUAAGAACUUGGCUUCAGGAUGAGAACAGAAAUCGUGCUCUGGCGGUGCAGCAGGAGGCCCCAUUAGCUAAAGUGGUGCUUCAGGUUAAGAACAGUUUCAGGUUAAGAACGGACCUCCGGAACGAAUUAAGUACUUCACCCGAGGUACUACUAUACAUGCAUUUUUGCACACAUUACUUGGCUGGAGAACUGCAUUGCCACAUUCAGAGAAGUGCGAAUUUGGAAGAUGCCUGUGUUUUGGUUUGCAUAGUGUUUUGGAAAGCAUGAAUUAGGUAUGUUUGCCUUUAAAUGCAAACUGAAUUUAAUCUCCCCCCACCCACCCCUGCAUUCCUAGUGCCCAUUGGGACUGGUGGGUCAGAAGGCAGGGAGCCCAAGCAGUAGGUGGAGACAGAGCUAAUGGCAGGCAGAGCCAGUGAAUUUUCUCUCCUCACCACCUCCCUGCUAAGUUUUAUGUGGGUAAGGUGGGAACAUAGGAGGAGGACGCUGACAGGCAGUGGCAGCACCUGGACUGGUUGCAAGUACAGAGGCAGGCAGGUGUUGGGGGUUGGGGCAGAAUGAGGUUGGUGGAGCAGUGCCCCAUUUUCUGCCUCCACGACCUGGAAUAUAUCCCUUCUGCUGUCUUCAGAGCUUUAAUUCAAGCAUGUAUCAGUGCUGCCCCUUUAAUUAAUGGUUCUUUUGCAGACAGCUGGUAUGAUUCCCUUUUUAAUCCCCUCUGCCUCAUUUGCAUAUGGCUUAGUCAAUGACCUAGCCUCCUCCAUCUGAGAAAUGCAGGGAUUCCCACUCGCCCUUACGGGCACAUGCAAUGCACUCUAGGUAAGAUGAUCUCCUUUUAUUGACUUUAUUUAUUUAUUUGUUCAGCGGAGGGAGCAGGAUGUAGGCGUUUGUGUUACACCGAACUCAUUAUCAGGUGUGGUUCUGAAGAAAAGCCGGAAUGCUCCCUUUCGCAACCCUCAAUGGCUUAUUUAGAAGAUCACCUUUAAAUAUUUGUGUGUCUUCUGUGAGGCAAACAGGGCGAUGGCUGUCUCAUCACAGGUCGUGAAAAAGAUAUCUCCUGCUAGAUGAUAUGCCAUGAUUUUUGCCAUAGGAAGUUCGGUAGAAUCCUAUUCCCAACCGUAUUCUUAAAAUCUGUAAUUCUGGAAAACUUGUAUUCUGCAUUUUAUUUAUUAAUUACACUUAUAUACCACCAGCUUCAUGGCAGAGUGGGGGAUUCAAACCCUGCUCUCCCGGGUCCUUGUCAGUAGGGCACACCAUUUGCAUUUUCUUCCAAGCCACAUAUUUGCAAUAUUGCGGAAUCCUGUUGUUUUAUUUUUUGGGAGUGUGUGUGUCAAUGCAUGAUGGAAGAACGGGAGCACUAAGGGCCGUAGCUCAGAGGAAGAGCUUCCACCUUGUAUGCAGAAGGUCCCAGGUUCAAUGCCCUUUAUCUCCAGGUAAGACUAAGAAAGAACCCCCAUCUGAAAUCCCCAGGAGCUGCUGCCAGUCCGUGUAGGCAGUACUGAGCUUUAUGGACCCAGUGGUCUGACUCAUGGUCAGUACAAGGUUCCCAGAGGCAAAACAUCUUUCUUUUCACUUAGCUGUAGAGUAGGGUUGCCAUAUUUUAAAAAGUGAAAAUCUGGACACAAAAGUUGUUGGUUUUUUUGGCAAAGUUGUUGAGCUCAGAUAAUUAUAAUAAAAUAUUUUGCAAAAUCUCCCCCCAAAAUGAAGUUUUAGACCUUUUUUUUUAAGGAAAUUGGAAAAAAAAAAAACUUUCGGCAUGGGUUACCAUACAUCCAGGUUUUCCCGUACAGUUUUAGCGAUAUUGGGAAUUCCGCCUGGAUGCUUUUUUCUGAUGGACGAAUCCUGGAUAUAUCUGGGGAAAAGAUGUUGCUGAACUACAACUCCCAUCAGCCCUUGCAAGCAUGGGCAGUGGGCAAGCAUGAAGGGAGUUGUUGGUUAGCAACACUGAGGAAACCAAAGCUUUCCUUUAUCUGCAGGUUACUAAAAGCAGCCAGAGUUGGGGCAGUAGCCCAAAUACGGAGGAAGGAUAACCACCCAGAUAGGGUGUGGAGGCUCUCUCACAAAACACCAGCGCCUCCUGCAGAAAAGGAGGUGGUUGUUUUCAAUCAGUGUUGCAGCAGAACAGCCAGGAGUCUCACAGCUCCUAUAGAUCAGGGAUUUUUGAACAGCUCCAUGGACCACCAGUGGUUUGCAAGCUUCAUUGAGGUAGUCUCUGGCAAGCCCACCUUCAAUAUAUUGGUUUUUGUAUUUGCGUUGCAGCUUUUAUUUAUUGUACUGUAUUUUAUUCUAUUGCAAUUUGAAAUGUGUGAAAUGCAAAUUGUAAUACAAUGUAAUAAAGGAAGCUAUAAAGAUACAAUUAAAAAAACAUACAGCAUCUAUCACAGCACGGUGCAGUUGCUACAAGAGGCCAAAAUGUCAUUCAAUCCUCAUAACCAGGAGGACUAGGCACUUGACUUUAAAGCAAGAAAGUUGGUAGUUGGCAGGAAUUUAGAAUAGAUUCCAUCCAUUUAUUCUUAACCCGCAAUUGAUUUUGCGUAUGUGUGUUAAUCCCUUUUUGGUGCAUCGGGAUAAUCUGGGCUUGCUUUCCUGUGUAUUUCUAAAACAGAUAUACAAUGUAAGGUCAGAGAUGAAGUCAUUUAGUAUCCGUGUGUGUGUGUGUGUGUGACAUUAAUGCACCAAGAAAAGGCACAAACGUCUCUUCCUCGUGUAGCCUUAUGAGGCUUUGCCCUCGGGUGGGAAAAAAUAUUGCGCCCGGGAAAGGGAAAAUGGGAGCCAACAGACACUCAAGGAAUAGUUUCAGAGAAAAAGCUUUAUUUCUACCAUCCAUGAACUGGUAGAAGGAGCAAGUGUGAUAGAUUCAUAAAACAAGCACUGGUUCACAGUCUUUUGCACAGAGCGUAUAUUCCCCUUCUAGUUCCCUCCCCUUUCUCCUCCUCUUCAGGAGUCAUGCCCCAUGUUGAGUUUCCUGAGCAUGUACAGAAAGCUCCUGUCUUGGGACUAUUGGACUCUUCCCAGGAAAGGGGGUGAGAAGCCAAGGGGGCUCGAGGAACCUUGUGGUUCAGCAUGUCCAAGAUGUUGCAACUGAAUGAGAUAAAAGUCAGUUCUCAGGCCUGCUUUGAACAGAGCCUAUUCAUUAGCUUUCUGAAGCCUUCUCGUGCUGAUAAAAGUAACAUUUUUGCCUAUGCACAGCAUCUUGUGAGAAAAGCAGAGGAAAGCUUUAGCUGUGGAUUUUUAGAAGAUAAAAGGAAUUUUGGACAGUUUUGAGGCCUGGGGUGAUUAUUGAGGGGGGGGAUGACUUCGGGCCAAGGUGGGGUCACCUGUCCUCACCUCCUUCAUUCGUCCCUUGAAUAUUUUUCUUAAAUGUUCCCCUUAUGACAAGCUGUUUUCUUUAGCCAAGCUGGUUUUAGAUUAUCCAGUAAAAAUGGAGAACAGAGAUUACUCUUGACGGGCUGGAUAUAGGGCUGCAGGCUCUGAGUCUGGGUUGGCUGCAUCUUUCAUGCACAAAAUUAAGAAGGGGGGGGGGAAAUGUGUGUUGCGGGGCGGGGGGCAGUUCAGUAGUUGCUGACAACCAGAGGAGGAAAAGCCUCCCCAAUACUUCAAAUUAUUGACCCAUUCUUCCAAUGGGAGCUAUAAGAACAUAAGAUCAAGCCAAUGCCUCAUCUAGUCCACCAUCCCAUUCUCACAGUCACCGAAUAUUUUCCCCAAUGGGAAGCCCGCAAGCAUAAUUUGAGCACAAUAGCACUUUCCUUGCCUGUAAUUCCCAGCAACUGAUAUUCAUAUUGCUUCCCAGUCCUCCACCUCCACCAGGUUGUUUAAAUUUGUGCUCUAUGGACCUCAGCUACAGUUGUGCAAAACGUGUCAUUCUAUGGUGCUGAGGAUGGUCCUCUGAACCAAGGGUUACCUGGUGGUCAAUGCUCAGCUACCUUAGCAUCAUUUCCAUUACAGUGGUACCUUGGUUUGCAUACGUCUUGGUUUGCAUACGUUUUGGAUUACAAACAUGUCAAACCCGGAAGUGCAUGUCCCGGUUUGCAACCUUUUUUUUGGAUUACAACCCAUUUUUUUGGGAUUAUGAACAAAUUUUUUUUGGAGACCCCUUUGGCGAAAGCGCACCUUGGAUUACAACUUGUUUUGGUUUACAAACGGACCUCCGGAAUGGAUUAUGGUUGUAAACCAAGGUACCACUGUAUUUAGGCAUUGAGGGCGCCAUCUAGGCUUCAGUACCAGCCUGCCUGGACACUCUGUCAGCUGACUCUUGAGGGCCAAUCCCAGGCCACCAGCCCCUAUAAAGCCCUGGCCUCAGAAGACGCUCUUCACCAGGGGUCAGCAAAUGUUUUCAGCAGGGGGCUGGUACACUGUUCCUCAGACUUUGUGGGGGGCCGGAUUAUAUUUUUCUGGAGGGGGGAAAUGAGUAAAUUCCUAUGCCCUGCAAAUAAUCCAGAGAUGCAUUUUAAAUAAAAAGACACAUUCUACUAAUGUAAAAACACCAGGCAGGCCCCACAAAUAUUUUUUGCUCCAUGAGGCAGCUCCUUUGCAUCACAAGGACUGAGGCCUAGUCCCAGUUACCACAAGCAGACCAAGGAUGGGGACAGAGCGUUAGUUUCCAACUCUGGGGAACCGGUUUUCCUGGCACAUAUCGAACGCUGACUGUCUGCAAACAUUAAUAUUUGAGGAGGUGGUGAAUAACUGAGGGGUGAUGAGAAACCAACACCGUUUGUGACGUCUUCGUGUGCAGAAAUAGCUUUAAUGUGCAGAAAUUGGAAGCACUUUUGUGUUUUUCUGGUCGGCGUUUAACGAUCCCGCGCCCCAACACCUGGCAAUGGGUUUGCUCAUUUUAUGGGUGCAUUUAUUGCUUGAUGUUAAGCCCAUUUUUGUCCCAUUGUAUCUCAGAGGGUUAUGCGGUAUCUUGAGAAAAGACCCAGAAAUCUAAAGCUCCUCAUGUGAAGCAUUGCCUUGCUUCAUUGCUCGAUAGGAAACUGCACAAUCCAUAUCUGGAAAUGUUCCAUGUUUAGAUGCGUGUGCAAUCGUGUUGUUACUGCCGUUAACUUAUUUGCACAGUGCUUCCAGCACACAUCAGGACAGGUCGUAGCUUCAGCAGCAGAACACACGCCGAAUGUCCCAGGUCCCUAAUCCUUGGAACCUCCACUUUUUAAAAAGGAUAUUCUCUGUUUCAGUGCCGCUGUGUCUGAAGAAUGGGCCUUCACACUCCAGCUUGAGCGGAAAGCAGUCAACAAGCAGGAAGUGGGCAUCGUUCCAAGUAGAUUCCUAAGGGGUGCCAGCCAGCCAGUGCUAAUUGAAGGUAAUUGCCUCAUCAAUAUUUAUAAUCCCUAUUCUUUCCCCUCCCCCAAACGAUGAUCUGGUUAUGCCAACAAAUCAGCGUGGGCCUGAGGGGCCCCUAGUGUCGUCGUCACUCGCUAAUGUUUUCUUUAAAAUGCCAACGACUUGGUGUUUUACGUAGGAAAUUAAUGAAAAACCCACAGUGCCCCAAUCUGCAGGCUUAUGAUUUACUUGUUGGGAGAGGAAACAGGGAUUUCUGGCUUCCUCUCAGUUGUGGUGUGAUCUGCCACCAGGAUUCUAGGACCACAUCUGCACCACACAUCUAAAGCAGGAUCAUACCGCUUUAGACAGUCAGGGCUUCCACCAAAGAAUCCUGGAAACUAAUAGUUAAUAAUAAUAAUAAUUUUUAAAAAAUAUUUAUUUGUACUCUGCCCAUCUGACUGGGUUUCCCCAGCAACUCUGGGCUACAUUAUUAUUAUUAUCAUUAGUAGUAGAAGUAGUAGUAGUAGUAGUAGUAGUAGUAGUAGUAUUUAUUGAGUUUAUAUACUUCUCCAUACCUACAGGUCUCAGGGCAGUUCCAUGGAUAAAAUUAGAAUAUAAAACCACAAAAUACAUAAUCAAAAUAAAAACAACAGCAACCAGAGUGGUUAGGACAGGCAUAGGCAAACUCGGCCCUCCAGAUGUUUUUGGUACUACAACUCCCAUCAUCCCUAGCUAACAGGACCAGUGGUCAGGGAUGCUGGGAAUUGUAGUCCCAAAACAUCUGAAGGGCCAAGUUUGCCUAUGCCUGGGUUAUGGGAACCCCUAUAAGAAAGCACAAUGGCUUUUUUCCUUUAAAAAAUGUUUAGGUGUACUCUCAUUUUGACUCAAGAAAACCACCAUUUUAUAGUUCAGAUCGGGGGAAAUAAAUACAGUAAAUGGACAAAAGUACAAAGAUUCACAAAAUGUUUAGGGAUAUACGUACCCCUGUGUCCUCCUCCCCCCUGGAGGAAAAAAAAAAGCACUGAGAAAGCAUCCUGGCUUAACCUAGUCCUAGUUAAGUUAACUGGCUGCAUCUUUGCCUGGUGUUUUGGAUACUCGUCUCUCUGUGAUUUCUCCUUCCAGCAAGGAUGAAUUGGUCCACCAAUGGAACAAGAUUGCUGGUGGGGCAACCUGCCACAUAGGUGCAGUUGGACAGGAUGCUCCAGCAUUUGCUGGGCUCUAGCAGCUGUUGCACAGGGUGAGGAAGCAGACGCUUGUACCUGUCAAGCAGCAACAGUUGGAGAUCGUGGAGGUUUGCCACGGAGCAGCAAUUACGAUACAGGCUGGCUUCCUAUAAUAUCUCAACAUGGGUGCAUUUGUCAACAAGAGAAGAUCAAUAGGAGGUUGUCAGAUUUCCUACGCCUAGAGAAACGAUCUUUAAAUUCACUCUUCUUCUUUUGUUUGUUUUCUUUCUCUUUGACAAUUUUUAAAGCUGUGUGCUCUCGGCCUUGAUGAUCACUGUGGGGGAGGGACAAUGGGAAAUUUGGAGCUUAUUAGAAGACGGGGCUUGACUCUAUAAAAUCAGCUUAGUUUGACCAGUUGGCUCUGCUGGGGAACAUGGAUGGUCUGCUGAAUGAGGAAUGCUGAAAGGGGGGAAAAGGAACCUCUUAGAACUGCCUUCUUCUAUAGAUCCUUGCCUUUUCUCUUAAGAGCUGCAUGCUACCCAAAAAUGGGACUAUAACUGCUGUAAUAGCUUUAUAUGUUGGCUGUCUCUCCAGGAAAUAAACCAAACCCAGAUGCACGGGAUAAACCCUUUUUCUUUUAAAAACACCCCCACUAUGAGCCAUUUCUAUUUGCAAGACAGUAGGAGGAUUGUUUGUUGCAUAGACUUCUUUUGAAGACCUGAUUCACUCUUGGCAAUGCCGACUAAGCCCCCAAACCUAUCUGUUGUCGUGAAAUAUGAGCCAGGAUUCAAUCACAGCGUUAAGAGUUGCUGCGACUUGGAAUGUGUGAUGUAAUAAUGUGUGGAGUUCCUUUCCAUUGUUCCUGCGAAACCAAAACUGCCCUCCAUGUAUCUGAGGUUUUUAUUUGGGAGAGGGGCUUUCAGGAAAGAGAGAGAGAGUGUGGCUUCAACAUGGAUGUGAGCCCCAGCACUUAUCUUUACAAAUUAGCUGCACAUUUUCUGUCUGUCAAAAGAGGAGUGAGGCUAGCUUCAUGUUGUCAGGGAUGGGCAACCCGAGUUUCAGGGCCAGAUGUGACCAUCCAGUAUUCUCUAUCUGGCCCUUAGGCCUCCUUCCAGGCCACGCCCCCGUCCCUAACUACACCCCUCACUGGGCCUAGUAUAAUACAUUUUUAAAUGUACAGUGCAGAUGGGGCCUUAGCCAUGUCUACUCGUUUUGGUGGGUGAGUAGCUCUAAUUGGAUACCACCCUUUGCUUAUUAAAUCUUUGCCACCAUGUGGAAGGUGCCAUUUUGGAUUCUUUGCCUCAGGCUCCACCCCAUUUCUGGCUCCUCCCCCAGCACUUUCUUUCACAUUAUUGCCUUAUUAAGUACAGAAGGACCCAGCUUUACUCGUGGCAAUAGAAAAUGAGUAUCCAUGUGCACUCUUGUAUUAUUAUUACGCUGGUGUGGUUUUUUAAUGUGGUUUUCCAUAUUGUGUGCUUACUGUUUAAUUCUGCAGUUAUUUUUGCAAGCAGGGCAUUAUUAUUAUUAUUAUUAUUAUUAUUAUUAUUAUUUUGUUAAGCCAGUAAUGUAAGACCUAAAUGACUUGCCUUCUGCUUCCCAGGCAUUAGGCUGGUGGGUCUGAAUUAAGCAGGUUGUGUCUCCCUGCAUAAUGAAUAGCUUUAAAUCUUUCCCCUUAGACCUUAAUGGACAGAGCCCUGUCCUGCUUAAAUAAUUUACAGUGCCCAUAAAUGAGAGGGUUUUCUCUCUCCCCCCCAACUCUUUUCAAACUGCACACAUUCUGUUUCCAUAGAAACACAUGCAGUCUUUCUGCUUUUGCCUCGCCUUCGGCAAAUCAAUAGUGGUUUAUUUCUCUUUUCCUACACACACACACACACACACACACACACACACACACCUCCUGCCUUUUAAGGCCUUCUGUGGAGGCCUUGGGAAGGAGAGAGAGAUGUCAAAGGCACGGUUCCCUUUUGCACUCUGUGGGAUAACUUUGUGGUGUAGUGCCUGGGGGGUUCUGAGCAGCAAUUGACCCACCAGUGUGAUUAAGAAGUGGCGGUUUUAAUUGCACAUUAUACUGCAACCCAGCUCCCCUCCCCGUGAACUGCUGCUGGCUGAGGACAACCCAAAGCUCUUGGAUCCUCGAAGGACCACCGCCAUGAGGAACAGGCCCAUUGAUAAGUCAGGCCCCCUCCAAUGUACAGGGGCGGCACUGUAUAAAUAGCUAAACGCAUUGCCUUUAUGAUUUGUGAGAAAUUCCACAGUCAGAGCUACAGGGUCCUGUUUCCUUUUGUACAAGAGAGCUCUGAUGAUUUAUUGUAUCCUCGGGGAACAUAGGAAGCUGCCUUAUUCCUAGUCAGACCAUUGCUCCAUCUGGCUCCGUAUUGUCAUCAGAGCAGCCCUCCAGGGUUUCAGACAGGAGUCUUUCGCAGCUGGGGAAUUGAACCGAGGACCUUUUGCAUGCAAAGCUUGUGCUGUGCCACUUAUUGGAAGGCUCUGCAAAACAGGCAGGAAAAUGGUUGUUUCUGCAUUGUUGGUUUCUCAGAGAGCAACAGUGCCCCUCCCUCUUCCCCUGCGCUUCAUGGCUUAGGCUGCUUCUGGCUCAGCUAAACUCCCAGCUCCGUGUCCAGAUAUAAGUGUUUGUAGAUGCACCGCAGGUGAAAACGCCCUGAUGGAUGUCUCAUUCCAAAGGCCAGGGGGAGAGAUUCCAAGGCCAUCAAGGUAUGGGGAGAUGCUUCCGUUAGGUAGCUGCCUACCUGUUAAGUUUAGCAGGCAAAACUAUAGCAAAGGCUCAUUUUGAUGAGUAAGUAAAGUACCCAUACUUAGAACAACAUGAAAGCCAGUUCCUCACAUUCCAACCCUUCCCAUCUCGCUGUUUUGUUCCCCACCUCAUCCAUCCCUGGGCAACUGCAGUUUUGAACCUGUUUUGUAGGUUCUUGCAUUAAAAUCAUCACACAGAAUGGUGUUUUGUUUGUUUUUUAAAAUCCCACAGUCAUUGCCCUGUGAAUAAGGUGCAGACAUUUAGUCAAUCAGGAUGCUUUUAAUUAAUCAAUUGGAUGGAUUGGCUAAAUGUUUGCCUCCUUUAAAUUGUAUGUGUAUUAGUGCCAGUGGGUUUUUUUCUGUUGCUACACUUCAGUAUGGCGUUCUGGCACCUUUAAAAAAAAUCCUUAUUAUAUUAUUUAUUGAAAUUACCUGCCACUUUGUUUACUAAACUUAAUUCAAAGCGACUUACAAACAUACACUAAAACCAACGUAAAGGUAAAACGGAGUAAAAGCUAAAAUGCAUUCACAUUUAUAAAGAGGCAGGACUAAGACAUUCUGCUCACUGAAGGAGGAGGUCAAAGGCCUGGUGGAAAAGAAAUGUACUUGCUUGGCGUCCAGAUACAGGUAAUGAUGGCGCCAAGUGUGUCUCGCUGGGGAGAACAUUCCAUAAGCAGGGGGCCACUACUGAGUAGGCCCGUUCUUCUGUUGACACCCUCUAUACUCCCUUGGAGGGGAAAUGGGAGAGAAGGCCCUCUGGUGACUAAUGGGGGUCCGGGUUGGUUCAUGCGGAAAGAGGCGGUCCUUGCGGUAUUGGGUCUUGACCCGCUUAAGGCUUUGUAGGUCUAAACUUGAACUGAGCCCAGAAAACUAAGUGGAAACUAAUGCAAUCAUGCCUGAAUUGGUGUUAUGUGCUCAGACUAUCUUCUGUUGGUCAGCAGUUUGACUGCAGUUGCCAAACUGUCUUCAAAGGCAGACCUACAUAUAAUGCAUUGCAGUGAUCUAACCUAGAGGUUAGAAGGGUGUAUACAACAGAAGCAGGGUUGAUGAACCCCUGAUGCUCCAAAUUGUUACUUCCCUCCCCACUGAAUGGGCCAACUUUGGCAAGGGGUAGGCCCACCAACCUGUCAAUCAUCUGAUGUCGUAAUGAUAGUAGAUGAUUGACACUCGUGGAGGUGGGGGCAGAUGGCACACAUGAGUAGACGUUCGACUCUUCACCUGUUGGACAGGGAGUUCAGUCCUGCUUUCUUCAGAUUUGGGUGUGUGAGGGAGUUCUGUGCAUGGUACCCCCUCAUGCACCCAAAUUGAGGAGGAUUCAGCUCCCCCCCUCCAUCAGCUAACUGGUUCGGUGUUGGUGUGUGAUAAUCCUGUCUUAUGCCAGCUUUGUGUUACUGAAGCAGACUUUGAGUUACCCGCACCCUAAUUUCUGUGUUACAAAGCACUGAGUAUUGCCUUCACAUUCUCGCUGUCCUCCCUUCUUGUAAAUCUUAUUUCAUGUUUGAAUUCCCUCAGCUAUUUCAAGAAUGUCAUCCUACUGAGGUCAGAUUACUUUCCCAUGCAAUGUAUAGAGAGAGCAAGCCUGCGAGGCAUGGCACUUUUCAAUUAAGUCCCUCUACUUUUCUCAAUUAAUUUCUUAAUUUAGAAGUAUAGGAGGCUGGAAUUCCAGUAUGGAUCAGCAACACAUCAGUCACAAGAUACAAAGGGGGAGGGGGACCCCCCCCCCAGACUUCAGAUAUUUUUAGAAGCUGUUCUAGAGAGGGUCAAUGCCCCCCAACACAGUUUUCUGAAAGCCAGAUGUGGUUGUUUGGGUCCUUGUCUUCGUAGCAUUGAAGUAUUGCUUUUUUUAAGACAUAAAUUUACAUUGUGGCUUGAGAGUUGAGCAAAUAAGGUGGCAAUACAGAUGCUCAGCUAGUGGUGAGGGGGGAAGACGCCCACAUUCUCCAGGAACGGAGAGACACAGGUUCAAAUCCCUGACUAGUCUUGGACCCUGGACCCCAAGGAGGAGACACUGUUUUCCCUGUGUGGCAGGUAACCCAGAGCAGCCAUAGGAACAGAGAGCCCCUUUCCUUCCCACAGUUGCUCCAGCAAAAGUGCUGCCUGGUGACUAACUGUAGGAGGCUAGUAAAACCAUGUCAUUUUCUAGAUCCCCUGAUCCUCUUUGUAUGCCCAUUCUUUCCAUUGCUGUGGUUGGUAUCAAUUUGUUCAUUUGUUCUCUCAGCUUCUUUUCCCCACUUUGAGGAAUACAGACAAACUCUACAAUUUGCCAUUGGUUCUGCAUUUCCUGAUGGAGCUUUUACUCUGCUGUGGAGUCUUGGAGGAUCAAUUCUUGUUGGAAAAAAGUGUGUGUGUGUGUGUGUGUGUGUGUGUGUGCUUGUGUGCCUGGUUUUCCCCAGAGGGCUUGCCCAUUUCAUUUCCUCCUGAUUGCUUUGCGUCCCUGCCCCCCCCCCCCGACAACUAGCUUAGUCUCUGCAGCUUAAUAUAUGGCUGAACGGCAUUAACAAGGGAUCACUCAGGUGCUUUUAUUUUAUCAGAGUUAGAGGCCAGCGCUCUCCUCCUCCUUCCCCAUGUUUUGAUAGCAUGGCAGCAAUGCUCUGAACUGGCACUGGAUAACCAGGAGCUGCCAUUUUAAUUUGCCACAAUGCCCCAGAGCAGUAGUCCUUCAGUUGCAUUGUGAGUAAUUUAAAUGGUGGCUCUCAGACUCGAGACUGUUUUGAAAUGGAGGCAGAGAGGCUAAGCAGGUGUUGGUUUGAUAUGCUGCCACCAGGACCUUGUAAGCAGGGUCUGACCUUCAUAGCAAUGACACCCUCAGUGUAGUGAGCAAGAAUUUGGGCUUCUGCUUGUGACAUACGUAUAUAGUUUUGCCCUUCUCCGUUUUAACCUCACUGAAAGUGAGUGGCUGGCCCAAGAGAGCUUCAUGGGCAGGUCUUCUACCUUAGAAAUCAUAGAAUUGUAGAGUUGGAAGGAACUCCAAGGGCCAUCUAGUCCAACCUCCUGCAACCAUCUGUGAUUUUGAAGGUGAACACAAAGCUACUUCAGCAAGUCAUUAAAUGUCUUACCCUUUCCGGUCUCCUGUCAUUUAGCAGCACUUCUAGGGAUGGGGGAUAAAUUAGAUCCGGUUUGCAUUUAAAGGCGAACCUACCUAAUUCACAGUCCCCAAAACAGUACCUGAACUGAAACACAGUCAUUCUUCAAAAUGCGCUCGUGUUUAAAUUUUGCAAUUCAGUUCUCCAGCUAAGGAAUGUGUACAGAAUGCGUAUAUUAGUGAAAAUACAUGGUAUUAGGCAAAACUGCUUUGCAAACAUGUUCCUAUUAGGAGAAAUUCGCACUAAGAUGCUGAUGGAUGAGACCUUUACUUUUUUCAACAAAACAAACAAAAAUAAAUUGGAAACUUAUAUGCAGAUGUGGCGAACUGAAGACUGGAAAAAUAAGAAACGGAGAGACGCUGAAAUUGACAGUUCUAAGGAGAGGCUCUUUUGCACAACACUGAGCUUGGUAGGCUUAGGAGGUUCGUUUUUGCAGCCUUCUGCUCACUGUGUGUGGGGGAUUAUGCUCCCAGCCCUGGUAAGGAGGACAGAGGGGAGUUUCCACGACCGGCUUCUGCCACCUCUGCAAACCAAAGACAGGUGUUCGAGGUCUGAGCCGACGUGGUAUUAAAUGCUUUGGACUCCCACAUACGAAGAUCAGCUGUCAGGAAUCCGCACAACUCACGCAGGCCUGCCCAGGUCCAUGGCACAAUGACGCAAAGGACAGGGAGGCAAAUGUAUGCCAUGGGUGUGUGACCCAGUUUUGCCUUUCGGAGGGAACGUCUUGUCAACUUUUUGCUGGUUUGAAUUGCUUGUAGCGACGCCCUUCCUCAGAAUUCAGCUGCUGCUCCAGAGUCUCAAGGGGUUAUGUCUGGGAGGGCAUGUGUGGCAUGCAUGUAUCUAUCUAUCUAUCUUCUUUUUAGUGUACCCGUUGGCAAAUACAUCCAUGCUGACACUUAUGGCCACAUCCACACCAUCUGCACUCUCAUACCUCUUUAAACUGUCAUGGCUUUCCCCAAAGCAUCCUGGGGCACUGUAGCAUCCUGGGGGACAGGUGCUGAGAGUUGUGUGGAGACCCAUGUUCCCCUCACAGAGCUACAGUUCCCAGAGUUCCCUGCAAAGAGGGAUGAAUUCAUCAUCAUCAUUUUUAAUUUCUAUCUUACAAUACUCAAGGCGGUUUACAAGCUGGAGAAACAAAAAAUGUACAUCUUAUAACAAUCUAAUGCAAUACAAAAAUGUGAUAAUAAAACAUAACUUUAAAAUAGGCAACCUCCUUCAAAAAAGUAUCAUUCAACAAUCAUUAGAAUAGUAUAAAAUAAUAUCAACAUAUAAAAGUUAAACAGAAAUCCACUCAACAGUUACAAUAAUAUCUAAGCUAUAAUCAGUAAAACAACGGCAAGCCACAGUACAUAAAACAAUACAAUACACAUUGAGAAGCAGAGGGUAGAACAAGGCAGGUGGAAGGAGGCCUUGCCUGGUGGAGUCUCUCCCCUCACAGUUCUUCCUCCAGGAACAGCUCCCUUAUGAGGACUCCUAGGGCCGGAGGGUGGGGCAAGGCAGGUGGAAGGAGGCCUUGCCUGGUGGAGUCUCUCCCCUCACAGAAUUGUUAAACUACUGUGGGGGAUUAUAGCUCUGGGAUCUAAGUGUCUAGGAAGCUGCCUUAUCAGCAGGCCAGAUCAGUGACCCAUCUAGCCCAAUAUUUGCUAUAGUGACUAGCAGCUAAUCUCUAGACUUUCAAGACAAGUUUACCUCCUUCAAUCAGGGACUUUCCGCAUGCAAACCCAGAUGCUCCACGAUCCUUUUCCUGUCUCAGCCGGCUGGUGGCCCUCUCGAUGCCAGCGAAUUGGUGCUGUAGAGUUCACUCCCGCAAGUGGUAGUUACGGCCACCAACUUGGAUGGCUUUAAAAGAGGACCUGGACAAAUUCACGGAGGAUGAAUCUGUCAGUGGCUACCAGCCACAAUGGUCAUGUUCUGCCUUCAUGGUCGGGGGCAGUAAUGCUUGUGAAUACAAGUUUCUGGAAAAGCAGGGGAGAGGGCUCUUGUGUUCAAGCCCUUCUUGAGGAUUUCCCAUAGGCAUUUGGUUGGCGGCUGUGAGGAUGCUGGACUAGAUGAGCCAUUAUUCAUUAUUUAGUAUAUUUCUAUACCGCCCUUUAUCCGAGGAUCUUGACAGGGCGGUUUACAAUACGAAAACACAAAAAUGCACACCAUACUAACAAACAGAAACAAUAACCCCCCCACAGUAUUUUACUGUUCUUGUGUUAUGUUCAAUUCAGUUAAAAUAUCAACAGCUUCUGUUUUUCUACUUCUACUGGUCAGCUGUUCUCCGGAUGCAACCGCUGGCUUCAUCUCGCUUUUUUAAUAUUUAGCAGUCAUUUAUGCCUUCUUUUAUAAGCAUUUUUAAAAAGUGCUUCCUUAAUGUUGUUCCAUUGAUCCCCUUCUUGAAUUGGAGGGCUGGAAAGCUAAUCAGUUCAUGUGGAAUGGGAUUGGUUUACAAAUAAUUAGCAGGGGAUUUUGUGCCAAAUAUCAGAAGCUAGGAGGAGAACCCCACAGCAGAAAAUGUAAGUUGAUGAACAUGGUCUCUUAGCCAGAUUUUUAAACUAAAUGGUUGAAAUGUCCCCGUCCCCCCCCCGCUAAAACACUCUGUGAUUUUUGUUUGCUUGCGUAGAAUAAUGGCUUCCAACCUGAGAGCAGCAAGGCUUCCAUGCCACUGCAUAAUGAAGUGCCAUAAUGAUCAGGUGACGUGGCCAUGGAUAGCAAUUGGUGGAGGGGAUGAGCCAAAUGGCAGGUGGUCUUAGCUGAGCCAAUGGGGGGUCCCUCCCUGUCUCACCUCUUCCUCAUUGACUGCCAUGUGGCCACCCAGCCUCCGCUUAAAAACCGCCAAUGAAGGCGAGUCCGCCACUUCCCAUGGGAGUCUAUUCCACUGUCAAUCAGCUCUUAUUGUCAGAAAGUUCCUAUAUUGUCAGAAUCUCCUGUCUUGUAACUUGACUCCAUUGGUUCGGGUCCUGCCCUCCAGAGCAGUUGAAAACAAGCUUGCUCCAUCUUCCAUGUGACAGCCCUUUAGAUAUUUGAAAGUGGCUAUCAUAUCUCCUCUCAGUCUCCUCUUUACCAGGCCAAACCUACCCAACUCCCUCAACCAUUCCUCAUAAGACUUGGUUUCAAAAACCCUUUAUCCAUCUAGGUUGCCCUCGUCUGCACACAUUCCAGCUUGCCAACACCCUUCUUAAACUGUGGUGUCCAGAACUGAACACAGUACUCUAGGUGUGGUCUGACUAAGGCACAAUAGAAUAGUACUAUUACUUCGCUUGAUCUGGACACUUAACUUCUGUUGAUGCAGCCUAGAAUAGUGCUCAUUAACUUUGUUUGCUGCUGCAUCAAACCCGUCUCCUCGCUUUGUCCUGGGGCAGGCGCCCACCAGCAUCAAAAACGAGGUCGCUGCUGGUGAGCACAUUUCUGGUCUCUUGUGCAAGGGUUCUUGAGAAUUUCCAACAUUUCUUUGCACUGGAAUGGGUGGAAUAGCUUUGAAUGGAGCGCGUGGGAGGCUUUAUUGGCCCGAUGAAAACCUGCACACAUGCCAAAAGCUGUGAAUGAACAGUUAACAUGCCUGUGCGGGGGGAGAAGCAUGUGUUCAAGGGCCCUCUAUGAGGCAUUCAUGGACAAAUUGCAGAAGGGCGCAAUAUGGUUUUGAUCCGUUUUGAAAAAUGGCAGCGGGUGCGUGCCAGGUUUUUUCUAGGGCCGUCUGCGUAAUGGUGAGGGUGAUUAUUAUCCAGGCGCUGUUCUGUAUUAUCCAAGUGGGGGGGAUGGAAUGACAUAAAACCGUGAACACCUAGCUGUUUCCAGCAACGGGUGGGGGGCAGGGGGCUUAUAUUGAAAUAAUGCCAGGCGAUCAACCAGGUUGCUGCAUUUCAGGGUAUGAAAGGGAAUAAUUCCCCAUCUUGCUGGGAGCCGACAGCUGUGCUACAGCUGUAAUCCUGCUCUGAUUGACCUCUGUGCUUAGAGACUGCCUACCUCAGAGUGCCAGAUGCCGAGGGCAAGCAGCAGAGAAUGCCCCAUCUCCCUGGAAGCUGCUGGGUGCAGUGAAAAACGCUGGACUGGAUGGGACCUUUUGGCCUAGUCUAGCAGGGUUGUCUUCUUAUAAGCCCCCGGAGAGAGUGCCUAGAACAGGAGUGGAGAUCCUCAAGCCCUGGGGGGCUGAAUGUGGCCCUCCAGGCAUUUCUGUCUGGCCCUUAGAACUCUCCCUGGGCCAGGCAGAGGUUUGUUCCAGCUCUGCCUGGAGAUGUAGUGGAUUGAACCUUGGACCUUCUGAAUGUGAAGCAGAUAGCCCAGUUGAUUAGAGCAUGGUGCUGAUAAUGCCAAGGUUGCAGGUUCAAUUCCCAUUUGGGAAAGCUGCAUAUACCUGCAUUGCAGGGGGUUGGACUAGAUGAUCCUCAGGGUCCCUUUGAACUCUACAAUUCUAUCCUUCCUUCCUUCCUUCUUGUAGCUGAGCCCACUCUUUUGAGCUAAGACACUUUUCUGAUAAGUAAACUGGGAAGUCCCAUCGCCUUUGCUGGACUGCCUCUUUCUGGAGGCAUGCUAAAUUCACGUCCAGCGGUGAACAAUACAAAGCAAAAGUUGUUCGUGCAAGUGAGCACUCGGAACAGGAUGCAAAAGAGACACGGGUGAACCAGUUUUGUUCCUCUGCGAGCUUGUAAUAACCCGCUCCGCGGCACCUUGGAGAUGUUCACUUAAUUGAAUUCAGUCUGCCGUCAGCUUAACGUCCCUUUGCUUGGUUGUUAAUGAGGCUGGUACUAAGGCUCCUUGGCUCCUUCCCCAGCUUGCAGCAGGAAAGCUCCAAAGGCUUGCAUGGAAAUGUUCAAUUUGCUUGGGCUACUCUUUGAAAUCCAUUCAAAAGGCAAAGCAUCUGCAAGGCAGAUGAACAUUGGGCCUGCAGAGAAGUAGCCACCUGAAACAUAACAGAAGUGGUUUGGGUUUUUUGGGGGUUUUUUAAAGGACCUAUCCAGAUGUCUUUUAUUGUGCAUUCAUGAUUAUUUGUGAUCACAAUGGUUUGGGGGCAGGUAUAUGCAAUCCCACUUUGUUCCUGCAAAAGUUUUGAAGCAGUCAUGCUGCCUUUAUUUCCAAUUGGUGCCUUUUGCAUAACUUCCUGCUGAAGCGCUGUAACUUUAUAUGAAGAAGAAGAAGAAGAGUUUGGAUUUGAUAUCCCGCUUUAUCACUACCCAAAGGAGUCUCAAAGCGGCUAACAUUCUCCUUUCCCUUCCUCCCCCACAACAAACACUCUGUGAGGUGAGUGGGGCUGAGAGACUUCAGAGAAGUGUGACUAGCCCAAGGUCACCCAGCAGCUGCAUGUGGAGGAGCAGAGACGCGAACCCGGUUCUCCAGAUUACGAGACUACCGCUCUUAACCACUACACCACACUGGCUCUCACCACAGAUGUUCUGCUUUCAUGGUGCUAUAGCGGAGGAGUGACCCUCCCGAUGGCAAAAAUGUGGUAACAUCAGGGAAUCAUCACAGAACAACUAAUAAAGUUGAAUGAUGUGUGGAUGGUCCAGUGUAUUGGUGGUCCAGUAUAUUGGUGGUCCACCACCAAUGCACUGUUACUGCAUCAAUGACGUGAUGCAGAAUACUCAUGGGAAGAAAACAAUAACCCUUUAGCCUGGAGGUAUUUGGCCCAGUGUGUUUUUAAAAGCCACAUCACUGUGGGACAGCCUCCCAUGCUCAACCCAACUUUCUCACCAGAGUGUCUUAGUAUGAAGGUUGGUGACCAAGCCGCUUGGUUGAGAACAAACUCGCAUAUGAAGCAGGAGAAAAGCCACACCCACCCAAGGCCUAGUCUCUGCAGCACCCAUGCUCUGUGUAAAAACUGGACUGGAACUGUUCCAUGCUCUGCUAAUCUGGAACACAUAAAACCUGGUCUGGAUUCCCUUAACAUUGCAACCACCACCACCUCCCAGGAUAAGGGCCACACCAGGAGCGUUUGUUUGAGGAGGAUCUCAGGUAUACUCAUGCAAUGCCAGUGGCAUCAAAUUUGCCCUCCAAUGGCGCUCCCCCCCCCCCGAGGAUUCUGGGUUGUUUCCUAGGGUCCCAGCUAGAACUGCCUGUGGUUUCUUUAUUUUCUGGCUAGUGGAGCAGGGAGCUGAGCAGAAGGGCCCUGUGGAUUAUGCCCCAUGGGUCAGACCACUCUGUGGAUCCUUUAACAACCUUUGACAAAUCAUUUUCUAGUUACUGCCAACAUGUGAUAAAAGAAAGCUCUGUAAUAUUUCCUGAGUACGGCAGGUAUGAAGAAAUUGCGAUAGCAUAUUUACAAGAUGUAAUAAUUGUGCUUGGAACAACUUUGCUCUUAAUAUUAAUCACCAGUCUGCAAACUGUCACUGCCCUGCAACACCCCCACAUAGGUUUCCCACAAUUUGAAAUAGCAAUAUGCACCCUGAAUUCCCACUGAAAGUUGUUGGGGAAGGUUUGUCUACAUGCCAACCUUGUUUUGUUGGUUGGGGUCUCUUUUUUGCCGCUUUACUUUCCCUGCAAAACAUUCCCCCACAACCGUUCAGCAAACUAAAGAAUGACAUAGCACUAACACAAGCAUUUUCUUACAGGUUGCUAUGGUUCCCCCACUCUCGGUCUGAACAGGCAAUGA